AUGACAUAUAAGGAUAGCUUCGGACACCCCAUAACCUCUCGAAAAGCAAGUCUUAUUGUCGUUUACGCAUACGCGCGAAGAAUUCUGGCUCCAGUGGAGCUAUGGAUCGAACUGCACACUUCCCCUCAAACUACAAGAUCCCCUGUUCCUGUUUGUCACCUCGCUUACCCUCCACAACGACCUCCUCCUGCUCGUGCGGUUACUGCAGCCACUAAGAGCCAUCCUGUCGUGUCUUCCUCUGCCCGUGCUGUAUCGCCGCUUCUCCUGACAUCUCUCGCGAAGAGACCGAAACCCUUGCCUGAUCAUCUAUUAGCGUCAGAUAUCAGGUCUGUCAAGAUACUCGACAACAAGAAUUUGAAUAUAUUUGACCACAAGAUUCGAGCCACUGUAGACAGAGACCGCACGGCUGCGCAUAGCAUCACGUCUUGA